AGUAGAAGAGAUUCCCUAAACGCACCCACCACCAAGCUCUUCUCAUUCCCAAAACCGAUCCUUUAACUCCCCCACUUUCCCCUUUUUUUUCUUCUUCUUCCUCCUCUUGUCCAAACAAAUCCCUACAAAAAUCUAAGCAAAACCCAACAAUUUUCUUGCUUGUGAGUAUAACCAUGGCAACCCAUAGUUCAUUCUUGAAAUCAUGGAGUUUUUUGGGAGUUGUAGUUGUUCUAGCUGUGUGUGUAAAGGGAAAUUCAGAAGGGGAUGCUUUGUAUGCACUUCGUAGGAGCUUAUCUGACCCGGAAAACGUGCUCCAGAGCUGGGAUCCGAAUCUUGUUAAUCCCUGUACUUGGUUUCAUGUUACAUGUAAUGGUGAUAGUCAUGUUACUCGUGUGGACCUCGGCAACUCAAAUUUAUCUGGUCAUUUGGUACCUGAGCUUGGAAAGCUUGAACAUCUACAGUAUUUGGAGCUUUACAAAAAUAAUAUUCAGGGAACCAUCCCUAAAGAGCUCGGUAACUUGAAGAACCUUAUUAGUCUGGAUCUGUACAACAACAAAAUUUCAGGGACAAUUCCUACUUCACUGGGAAAGUUGAAAAAACUCGUUUUCCUGCGUAUGAAUGAUAAUAAGCUAACAGGACCAAUCCCAAGAGAACUUGCUAGUGUUUCUAGCCUGAAAGUUGUGGAUGUCUCAAAUAACGAUUUGUGUGGCACAAUUCCCACUUCUGGUCCAUUUGAGCAUAUUCCACUGAACAACUUCGAGCACAAUCCUCGACUUGAAGGUCCAGAGUUGUUGGGACUCGCCAGCUACGACACCAACUGCUCUUAGAAACUUGAUGAAUAGGUUCACUAGAACUGCCACUUUUUGUGGAAGUUAACAUAUUCCCCUCCCCUGAAUGUUGGUUAUUGUUGUACUUACUGUGUGUCCAAGUUGUUGCAACUCUAAGCAAAGAUAUGAUGAUGUAUGUAAGUUAUUAGUAAGUUAAUGAAUGUGCGUAAAGCGGUCGCUAUAUAUACUGCUACCAACUGUUAAAAGUAUUUCAUAUUUCAAUGUCUAAUGAAAUGGUUCAGUGGGUUUAGAAA